AUGGAGGAGGCGGAAGCGAAGGAGCCGCAGGUCGGCUCCUGGCUGCCAGUGCUGGUGGAGCAGAUGGUGAACGACACCCUGGUGGUCACCUUGAGCUGCGGGGAGAGGCGCUUCACCGGGAUUCUCCUGGAUUGCACUAAAAAGUCUGGUUUGUUUUGUGCCCCACCAGCUUUGAUACCAAAGACAGAUGAACCUCCUAGUAAAACUUGCACUAACCAGAUGUCUGAAGACAAAGAGCCCAUACAGGUGGAGAGUGAGUGGUGGUCUUCAGAUAAAAAGCCCUCCAAGCCCAAUAGUGAGGAGCAAGUUCCUCCUCUUUUGCCUCCACCAGCAUCCAGCAAUGCUCUUCCUUAUCCUCCCUAUUUUGAGGGAGCUCCUUUCCCUGCUCCACUAUGGUUAAGGCACACAUAUAAUCAGUGGGUACCUCAGCCACCCCCAAGAACUAUAAAAAGGACAAAGAGACGCCUGUCCCGAAAUAGAGACCCGGGUAGGCUCAUUAUGAGCACCAUCAGGCUGAGACCAAGGCAAGUACUUUGUGAAAAGUGUAAGAACACUUUAAAUCCAGAGGAUAGUAACAAAUCUAGGCAGAACACUAAAACGAGGAGGAAGAUAAGCAUGGAAGAUAAGGAGCAAAAAAGACACAGUGAGUCUGACUGUGUAGAGAAAAGGAGCAAAAGAGAAAAGCGGGAGGAAGAGAAGUUCUCUGGAGAGCUGCUGCAUCGGACUCCAGUUAUCAAAAUAUCUUACAGCACCCCACAAGGGAAAGGAGAAGUAGUGAAAAUUCCUUACCGAGUUCAUGGCUCAGGGAAGCCAUUUUGUUCUCAGCGACUACUACAGAAUGGAGGGGAGGACCAAGAGGAGGCCAGAGACUCAGAACAGUACCAGGAAACCAAAUGCUUUAUGGACAAGUCAUCGAGUGCUUCCAUUCCAAAGUUGAAGUUAACCCGGCCUGUGCAUUCCAGUACACCUCCCAAAAUCAGGCUGAAGCCCCAUCGAAUAAACGAGGGGGAUAAUGUUUCAAUUUAUAAAGCAGAACUUAUUGAUGAGAUGAAUGUCCUUCCCAGUAGUGAAGAGUCUCCUGCUGCUGCUGCUUUUUAUACUGAUGAGUCUGCAGAUAGAAGUUUAGCCGAGAUGUCUUCAGGGAGUUCCUGUGAAGAUGAUGACUUCAAAAGGUUUCCUCAAGGAAAAGAUGGACAUGAUAACUUGGCUUUUCUUAUGAAUUACCAUAAGAGGAAAGCAGAUUCUUCUAGCUUAUCAGUUUGUAGCAAUGACAGCCUGGAUGAAUCCAAAUCUUCUAGCUCAGAAGUAACAUCACCAGAAAUGUGUGACUUUUUGCCAGGUGAUGAUGCAUCUGUCUCUUCAUCUUCGAAAGAUGAGCGUAAAAUUGUGCCACCAUUAACAGUUAGACUGCACACACAAAGUGUCUCCAAAUGUGUCACUGAAGAUGGAAGAACUAUUACAGUGGGGGAUGUUGUUUGGGGUAAAAUUCAUGGCUUCCCAUGGUGGCCUGCCCGUGUUCUUGACAUAAAUCUUGGCCAGAAGGAAAAUGGAGACCCUUCCUGGCAAGAGGCAAAAGUUUCAUGGUUUGGUUCUCCGACGACGUCUUUCUUGUCUCUAUCAAAACUCUCCCCUUUCUCAGAAUACUUCAAACUGCGAUUUAAUCGGAAGAAGAAAGGGAUGUAUCGGAAAGCAAUUACAGAAGCUGCAAAGGCAGUGGAACAUCUGACUCCAGAAAUAAGAGACCUCUUAACACAAUUUGAAACCUAGUUUUGGCUUCAGUAACAGGUAACAGAAGAUAAGAGCACAGCUGUUUAGAGUUUCACAAGGUCUGUAAACAUCCUGACACGCUCCCCGGAAGAAUCUUAAGGUUUCAGUACACAUGCGGCAGGAUGAGCUUUCAGACUGGCCCCACUCAUCAUCUGUGAAAGAUAACAGGCACCUGGAUUGCUUAGGAGACAACCCUCCAGAGGCUAGUCUGACCAAAAGUCACGAGGCUGCUUUAACGCAAGAGAAGCAAACUGGCGAGUAAUAAUGUCAGUGAACUAGGGGGAGUCAUGAGUACCACAUCUUGGAAUGUAUUUAUUACUUGGAAAGUGUUAGCUACUCUUGGUAAUUUCCCCUCUCCCUCAUCCCCACCCCCACACAAAUUGCUGCUGCUGCUUUUACUUAAUGAGAUUUCUCACUCUCUCUUGUUUCAAUUUUAACGCUGCAAAACUGUUUACUCCAGCUGUGUACACUCUUGAGAAGGGACAUGCAAUAGAAUGGAAUCAGUGUAGUCUUAACUAAAAUGGACUCACAUUGUGACAAUUAAAACUUGGAAAAUGUGCAACUCAUCAACACUGGAUGACUUUUAUUCCAAGUGAUGUGGCCUCAUCUACGUGUGAACAUCUAUUGUGGGGAACUAGCACAUCUUCUUCUCUCACACACACCCUUCAGGUAAAGGGAACUCUUAGGGUAUAGGAACUGGACACAUCAACCACAGUCUCAGCAGGAGUAUUGGAGACAAUUUUGUUUCUAAGAGUCCAUGUGCUUCUAAUGAAGAACAAGGGUAUCUGGGGCUGUCUCAGGGCUCUGGUACUCAUUGGGUUGUAGUUAUUCUCGGUUAUUCAAGUCGACAGAGGCAAUUUGUUUUGUACAGACUCUUUUUAGGAGCAAGGGAGGAGAUUGCUUAACAGCAGUGCCUUCUGCACAGUGUAGGCAAGGAUUCAGUCUUCUGAGCCACUCCUGUACUUUUCCUUACACCAGGCACUGUGUUCCUCAUAUUCAUUGGAAAGAUCCACACCCACACCUACCUGAUGUCUCCUGCAAAGGCAGGUGCUGUGGCAGGGUCAUCCACUCAUCUUAUAAAAAUAAGCUGUUGCCCUCAAGUUUGUGGAGAGCUUCAAAAGAUGGGCAGCAUUUGAAGCAAUAUAUUCCAAACUUCUGUUGGUUGAAGUGCGUUUUUUCUCUCACUUCAUUUUUAUACGUGAAAGGACUUGCUUUUAGUGUAAAAGAGUAAUAAGUGCUUGUGCUUAGAGGAGCACCUCAGUGUUUCUGCAUGAGUUUGUUACUGUUCUGAAUUUCUCCUGAAUGGAAAAAGGUAACCGCACAGCAGUAACACAUACAAAGAUGCUAUGGGCAUCCUAGGUAGUUUUGCUGCAUCUCUGUUUGCAAGUGAUUGAACAAUCCAAUCACACCUAAUGUAGAAAAGUGCCAGAAUGGCUUCCUCUCAAAAGGAUGAGUGCUUUUGGUUGAGAGGCACCUUUAAUUAUUUAACAUUGGCUGCCAUCCUGACUAACCGCACCUGCAUGCUGGGAGGGCAUGUUCCUGCUGCUGAGAACUUCCACAAUACUUAUUGCGUGAAUGGUGGUGGUGAGUUUUCGCUAAUCUCUUCUUAACCUAGAAAUGCCCUGUGCCACCCAAAAAUAUGUCCUUGAGGGCUGUGUUGCCAUUGGGGACAUAUUUUGGGGUGGUGCAGAGUACUUCCUGUGGAAGGAGAGAGUAGCACACACCCCUUAUGAUAAGUGCUGUGGAGCUCAGGGAACUCUCUACAGUGGGGGUGUUUCUUCCUGGUACACAGAAUAAUAAUUGAUUUUUCAUCAUAUGCGAUCAGCUCUAUGAUGAUAUGCUGUUCUUGGGAAUUGCUGAUCUGAAGACUCAUAAGCAAGAGAAGGGUGGUAAUCAGGGCUGGGUGUGCAUCUGUGAAUCUUUUAUUAUGCAUAAAAGAACACAGUACAGAGUCAAGUUUAAACACAUUCUACAGAAAGGUGAAUGGCCACAACAUAGUGUAUUUAAGUAAAGAAAAGCCUGUGUUCUGUGCUUUAAUUGGGUUGGCCUCUCCACUACCUGUUUAUAUUGAUUCUAGCUUCAGGGAGAGGAGGCCAAAAGUAACUAUGGCAAAAUACUUGAAACUGCUUUGAUGUUUGUUAUGCGUUGGGGGGAGAUUUAAUAACAGUAAACAUGCGUGCCAUGAACUGAAACGGUUGAAUAGUGAAUUCAAGUGUAUUUUUCAUGUCUGUGAUAGCUUAACAAAAAUGCAGAUAAAAAUUCUGCCCAACCAUC